AUGUGGAGGUGGAACUCAUAGAUGAUUGAGGAGAGAACGCAAUCGAGAUAUCAGUCAUUUCCAGAGAAUCCUGAAAUCAUAAGAGAGAAAGAAAGAGAUUACAAGAAGCGUUAUGGUUACUCACCUUAUCCAAAUAAACAAAUAUUGUACAAAGUGACUGAAACUGAAUGCAAAUAAAGAGAUAAUAUUAAAUAAGAAAUAUUCUGGUAUAUAAAAUUGGGCCCGUUUAUAUUCGGAUCAUAAUAGGGUGCUUAGGUUAUUUAAGCAAGUCAAGAUUCAUAAGAUACGGUUAAUAAAUACUUAAAAUUGUCAAAAAAGGCAUAAAUUAAUAAAUAACGUGUGGACGAGGAAGAUGAAGAGGAUGAAUCUAAAUUAUACCAGCAAGCAAAGGUCUUCAGAAGACUCAAAUGUGUUGAUGGUAAUCAUCUAAAUAUAAAUAUGCAGAAUGUGUAAAAUCUAGAGGAGAAUCAGUAAUAUCAAUAAUGA